AUGCUUCCCUACGUGAUUGCCACCCUGGGCUCAGCAGGGGCCACCUGCAAAGCCUCCACAUGCAACAACAGCACCAAGGACUACUGCUACAGUGCCCGCAUCCGCAGCACUGUGCUGCAGGGGCUGCCGUUCGGUGGGGUGCCCACCGUCCUAGCCCUUGACUUUAUGUGCUUUCUUGCACUGUUGUUUGUCUUUUCAAUUUUGCGUAAAGUUGCUUGGGACUACGGCCGCCUGGCCCUGGUGACUGAUGCUGACAGGCGCCGACGCUGGCAGACGGAGCGAGAGGAGCGGGAAUAUGUAGCCUCCGCCCUGCACUCCGACAACCAUGACCGCUACGAGCGCCUCACCUCCGUCUCCAGUUCUGUGGACUUUGACCAGAGGGACAACGGUUUCUGCUCCUGGCUGACAGCCAUCUUCAGGAUAAAGGAUGACGAGAUCCGGGACAAGUGUGGGGGUGAUGCGGUGCACUACUUGUCCUUCCAGAGGCACAUCAUCGGGCUGCUGGUGGCCGUGGGCGUGCUGUCUGUGGGCAUCGUGUUACCUGUCAACUUCUCAGGGGACCUGCUAGAAAACAACGCCUACAGCUUUGGGAGGACAACUAUCGCUAACCUAAAUUCCGGGAAUAACCUGCUGUGGCUGCACACGUCUUUUGCCUUCCUGUACCUGCUGUUGACGGUAUACAGCAUGCGCCGGCACACCUCCAAGAUGCGCUACAAAGAGGAUGACUUGGUUAAGCGAACUCUCUUCAUCAAUGGAAUCUCAAAAUAUGCUGAGCCAGAGAAGAUCAAGAAGCAUUUCGAGGAGGCCUACGCCAACUGCACCGUCCUGGAGGCCCGUCCCUGCUACGAUGUGGCCCGGCUGAUGUUUCUCGAUGCGGAGAGGAAGAAAGCUGAGCGUGGGCGAAUCUAUUUCACCAAUCUGCAGAGCAAAGAGAACACGCCGUCCAUGAUCAACCCCAAGCCCUGUGGCCAUCUGUGCUGCUGUGUCAUCAGGGGCUGUGAGGAGGUGGAGGCUAUCGAGUACUACACCAAGCUGGAGGAGAAGCUCAAAGAUGACUACAAGAGGGAGAAGGAGAAGGUGAAUGAGAAGCCUCUGGGGAUGGCCUUUGUCACCUUCCACAAUGAGACCAUCACAGCCAUAAUCCUCAAAGACUUCAAUGCUUGCAAGUGUCAGGGUUGUGCAUGCCGUGGGGAGCCCAGGGCCUCCUCCUGCAGCGAGUCCCUCCAUGUCUCCAACUGGACAGUCACUUACGCCCCCGACCCACAGAACAUCUACUGGGAACACCUCUCCAUCCGGGGCUUCAUCUGGUGGAUCCGCUGCCUCGUGAUCAAUGUGGUCCUCUUCAUCCUCCUCUUCUUCCUCACUACCCCUGCUAUCAUCAUCACCACUAUGGACAAGUUCAAUGUCACCAAGCCCGUGGAGUACCUCAAUAACCCCAUCAUCACACAGUUCUUCCCCACCCUGCUGCUGUGGUGCUUCUCUGCUCUGCUGCCCACCAUUGUGUAUUACUCUGCCUUCUUCGAAGCGCACUGGACCAGGUCUGGAGAGAACAGGACAACCAUGCACAAGUGUUACACCUUCCUCAUCUUCAUGGUCUUGCUGCUGCCAUCACUGGGCCUGAGCAGCCUGGAUGUGUUUUUCCGCUGGUUGUUUGACAAAAAAUUCCUCGCCGAAGCUGCCGUGCGAUUUGAAUGUGUGUUUCUGCCGGACAACGGGGCCUUCUUCGUCAACUAUGUCAUCGCCUCUGCCUUCAUUGGGAACGCCAUGGACCUGCUGCGCAUCCCCGGCUUGCUCAUGUACAUGAUACGCCUCUGCCUGGCCCGCUCAGCCGCUGAGCGGAGGAACGUCAAACGACACCAGGCCUAUGAGUUCCAGUUUGGGGCUGCUUACGCCUGGAUGAUGUGUGUCUUCACUGUGGUCAUGACAUACAGCAUCACCUGUCCCAUCAUCGUCCCUUUUGGGCUCAUGUACAUGCUGCUUAAGCACCUGGUGGACCGAUACAACCUGUAUUAUGCUUACCUGCCUGCCAAGCUUGACAAGAAGAUCCAUUCAGGGGCUGUGAACCAGGUGGUGGCAGCCCCCAUCCUCUGCCUCUUCUGGCUUCUCUUUUUCUCCACCAUGCGCACAGGGUUCCUGGCCCCCACUUCCAUGUUCACCUUUGUGGUCCUCGUUAUCACCAUUGUGAUCUGCCUGUGUCAUGUCUGCUUCGGGCACUUCAAAUACCUCAGCGCUCACAACUACAAGAUUGACCACACGGAGGUGGACACCAUAGAAAACAGGCAGAACGGGAGACCUGCCACCAGUCUGCCGGCUCCCAAAUCAGCUAAGUACAUCGCCCAAGUGCUGCAGGACUCCUCACCGGAGGGUGAAGCAACGGAGUCAGAGGAGCAAGGGUCACAGGAUGAGGAGCUCAUCAAUGCGGAUGGCAUGAACGACACGGAUUUCCAGUCGUGUGAGGACAGCCUGAUAGAGAACGAGAUCCACCAGUAG